AUGGAUGAGCACGUCCUUGCAACGCUGACUGGUAUAUGUAAAUUUUUCGACGUCAUCAAUUGGAAGUCGAUCAGCGUGAAAAAACUCGGAAGGCUGAAGGAAGAGAUCGUCGUGAUCCUAUCCGAGUUUGAGAUGUACUUCCCACCUGCAUUUUUUGACGUUAUGAUGUCCGAAUCUGGCAAUACAGCGCCUCCCGCCGGGUCAUUCCACAGCGACGAAUCCGUCGGGCCAAACAAGCGAAAGAGGAAACGGAUGAGUCCCAGUCCCAGCCCAGAUAUCUGGGAGCAGUACAAACGGAUGGAAGAUGACCCCAACAAGGCUAUAUGCAAGUACUGCUCCGAUGUCCUUUCCUUCGGCUUGAAAAAGAAUGGUACCUCCUCGCUGGUCUCUCAUGCCAAAUGGUGUAGGAAGAAUUCAGAAAGCAACCAAACUCAGUAUUUUGUUCGACGUGAUCCUGAUGACCCAUAUGGCCCCACCAUAGUUCCCUGGAAAUACAAUGCGCAAGAAGCUAGGACGGCUCUUGCGCGUUUGGUUAUUGAAGAUGAGCACCCGCUUGUGUUUUCGCAGCACCCGGGUUUUAGCCGCUUCACGUCCAAAGUUUGCGCUCGGUUCAGCGCUCCUCCCAGGAAAACAGUAUGCAAAGAUGUUCUCCGCGUUUAUGAAGAUGAGAAAGCAAAGCUGAAGAACUUGUUUCAGGAAUCUCCUCAAAGGGUUAGCCUCUCCGUCAGAAAGUGGACGUCUUCAAGGCUUCAGAAGUACAUGCGCCUCACAGCCCGGUACAUUGACAGCGAGUGGACACUUCACCACAAGGCACUGAACUUCUGUUUGCUAGACAGCCACAAGGGGGGAGACAUGGCCAAGGCACUUGAUUCAUGCUUGCUUGACUGGGGUAUUGAGAACGUCACUGCUAUUACCAUGGAAGAUGCAAGCUCAGAUGAUAUAGAGUACAUGAGGACAGCGUUGAAUAAUCGGGGUGCUACCAUUUCACAAGGAAAAUAUCUUCACAUGAGAUGCUCGGCUCAUAUUGUUAAUCUUGUGGUUCAGGAUUGCUUGGAGGCAAUUUCUCCUUCCGUCUCUCGCAUCCGUGAUGCUGUGAAAUAUGUUAAAAGCUCCAUUUCAAGAAUGAGCGCUUUCAACAAAUGUGUUAAAGGCAGCAAGGUGGAGAGCAGUGAGGUAUUGUGUCUUGAUGUGUGUGCCAGAUGGAACUCAACAUAUGUUAUGUUAGAUAUGGCUGAAAAGUUUGAGGAGGCAUUUGAAAGUUUUCUGCUUAAAGAUCCUGCCUACAAGACAGAGUUGGGGGAGAGUAAUGGGGUUCCACAACACACAGAUUGGGAGCAUGCUCGUAAAUUUACCAAAUUUCUGAAACAUUUAUACAGACUCACAUGUGGAGUUUCAGAGGCUAAGCAUGUUUAUUCCCACAUGUUGUUUCAAAAUGUUGCCGCUAUAAACGAGCUGUUGACACGUUUCUGUGACGGCGAUGAUGAUAAUACCUUCAAACCUGUUGCUAUUAAGUUGAAGGAGAAAUACAUUAAGUAUUGGGGGGAUCCUGAAGAGAUGAACAUGUUGAUAUUUGUUGCUGCUAUUCUUGAUCCGAGGACCAAACAAUCUGAACGUUUGAAGAUACUUGUUUUAUUGACAUAUGGUGAGACUAGAGGUGAACAAGUAUUGGAGAAGGUAAAUCAGACAUUGCACUCUCUUUUCGAAGAAUACAAGUGCUUGUAUGAGCAAGUUGGAAGCGAAGGUGAUGGUUCAGAAACAGAACCUAGUUGUAGUGAAUCAAGUUUUAAACACUACCUGUAUUUAUACCAAAAGGAAAGGAAAGCUGCAGCUGCUGCAGAUGGCAGAACUGAAUUAGAGAAGUAUAUUUCUCAAGAGGUUGAAUGGCAGUAUUCAGGUUUUGACAUUCUCACUUGGUGGAAAUAUAAAACACACGAGUUUCCAAUACUUUCGCGCAUGGCUCGUGAUAUAUUGGCCAUCCACAUGUCAACAGUUUCUUGUGAAUCAGCUUUUAGUACCGGUGGUUGUGUUCUUGAUGAGUUUAGAAGCUCCUUGCCUCCUUUGGUGGUGCGAAGUUUGAUAUGCGCACAAGAUUGGGUUCGUCAACCAUCGAAUGACGCAAAGAGUUGA